CGCAUGUGGAAGCUGGAGUGCGAGAGGAGCUGAGGGCUUUUCUCCGAGAUCAUACAUAGUCUUGAGUCGUCCUAAUUAAUAUGGAUGGAGAGAUCAAGCAGGGCUGCGAUGAGUGGAAACCCUUCAUCAUGAUGCUUGCAAUCGACUCCGCCUUUGCGGUAGUGAACAUCCUGCUCAAGACCGUUCUGGAAGACGGCAUAAACCAUUUGGUCCUUAUCACUUACCGACUCUUGAUUUCCGCGGUCUUUUUGGCUCCAAUAGGCUACUUAUGGGAAAGGAGUAGCAGGCCGAAGCUGACAUUUCGCAUAUUGUGUUCCCUAUUUUUCAGUGCUAUUGUUGGGGCAUCCCUAACUCAGUACUUCUUCCUGCUUGGGAUUGAAUACACAUCCGCUACAUUCUCCUGUGCUUUCAUCAACAUUGUUCCUGUCCUCACAUUCAUCAUGGCUUUGCCCUUUCGCACAGAGAGAGUGGACUUGAAAGAGACCAGUGGAAGGGCCAAAGUGUUGGGGACCCUAAUAUGCAUAGGAGGGGUAAUGGUACUGACCCUUUACAAGGGAACUGCCCUAUUCAACUCCUCACACACGCAGCAAGCCCCUAGGAGCCACAACUCCAACGAGCUCAGCCCUUCAAAGAUGGUCGAAAGGUGGAGUAUCGGUCUUAUGGCCUUAGGCUCAGGGACAGUCUUGUGGUCCUCGUGGUUCCUCAUGCAGGCGAGCAUCGGACAGAGGUACCCUUGCCAGUACUCGAGCACGGCAAUCAUGUCCUUCUUCGGGUCGAUUCAGUCGGCUGUCCUGACAUUCUCGUUAGGGAAUAACCUUUCUGUCUGGGUGCUCAGGGGGAAGGCUCAGAUAUUAAUUGUCCUCUAUGCUGGGUUGGUAGGAUCAGGGCUAUGUAUUGUAGGGAUGGCUUGGUGUGUGAAAAAACGGGGCCCCGUCUUUACCGCAGCCUUCAGCCCCCUCAUUCAAAUAAUGGCCGCUACGUUAGAUAUUCCAAUCCUCCAUGAGCAGCUCCAUAUCGGAAGCCUGGUGGGAUCGAUUAUCGUCAUAAUAGGGUUGUACAUUCUGCUGUGGGGCAAGAACAAAGAAAUGCAGAAAUGUGCCACGAGGAUUGCCCAAGAAGAAGAAGAAGAAUUAGACAAAGAGAUGAAGGAGCGAGAACAAGUCCAGGAAGAGCCCAAAGUUGUCCAUCGCGGGGUCGAUGCUGUCUUAUGACGGUACUGGUAUUCUCCGGCGGCUUUGUUUCGGUUGACGUGUUCUUUGCCAUUAGCUUUAUAUCCAAGAUUUUACAAAAAGAGAUGGGUGUGUUUACCUAUAUCAGAACGUAAAACGGCCACUAAUUGUUCCCA